AUGGGUCGAAAACUCAAGGACUCCACCACCACCAGCGUUCUUCCUAGUGAUUCAGAACCCCCACAAAACCCAGAAAGUAAGAUAAAGAAGAAGAAGAAGAAGAAUAAGCAAAGGAACAAGGACAAAGCCGAAGAACUUGAAGCUAAUAAUCUCAAGCAAAAGCAUGAAGAAAUCGAAGCCAAAGAGAAGAAGAGUAAGAAUAAGAAACCGAAAGAGGAUGACAAGGAAAGCAAAACCCACCAAGGAAAAGAAGAGGAUGAAACUGUGAAAGAUGGUCUGGUUGUGGUGAGCUGGCAUAAUGUGAAAUUGGGUAAGUAUGCUCCUUUGAAGUCCUUCGCCGAGUUGGGUCUGCCCCAAGAGGUUUUGGAGUGCUGCAAGAACUUCCAAAGCCCCUCUUCCAUUCAAUCCUGUGCCUGGCCUUUCUUAUUGGAUGCUCGUGACUUUAUAUCGGCAUCCAAGUCAUCCUUGCUCCAUGUACUUUGUUCUUAUAGAAGUUCUUAA